AUGUCACUGAGUGUAUAUGCUGCGGGUGGACAAUUGAAUGCUAUUGUGUCUUAUCUAGAAAUAAUUAACAAGGAAGGGGGUCGAUUACGUGGAUAUAGGCCUUUCAUUGAUAAAAGCAAUUAUCGAGUUUGGAGAAUGUUACUUCGAUAUAUAUUUGGUUUUAUGCUCUGUAUGUCUAUGAUUGUAUUAAUUGAUAGUCGACCUGCAUCAGAUUUAUUAGAAAACUUAAGAGUCAAAAGAGGAGCUAAAGGUGAAGGAACUGGUUCUUUCACAAAACGACCACCCCAAUUCCAAAAAGGUAGUAAAGAUCGGCAUGGUAAGAAUUUCUGUUGUAACAAACCACCAGGAUAA